AAAGUUAACGCAAUUUAUUAUAGCAAAAUAAUUUCAGAAAUAAAGUAAAAUGAGCCACAUCUCAGAAUUUUUGAAACAGGUGAGGCGGAGUCCGCCUCCAAGGCGUGGAAAUAUACCGUCCGCCUGGGACUGUUUCACAACUGCCAGUAAAACUGCUAAAGUGUACAGGUCUAUGGGUAGAAGUGUGAACAGAAGAGUUUUCUAUACUGCUGAUUUGAUUGCCUCCAAUGAAGAGCUUGAAUUUCCUCAUACAAAGAGCUUCAUAGCAGGAACCAGUUGGAGCGUAUACAAGGUGAGUCCUCUGUGGAAUCUCAAGUACCAAGAACAAAAAAAGAAGUCUGCAGAUGAUACUGAUUAUAAUCUUGAAGAAAAAGAAAGAUUAUUGUAUGAUCAGAAAGCUUUGAAGAGGUAUGCUGCUGUUAUCCAGAGUUUUCUACCAGCUGACUCUUCUGUGGCUGAUAUUUAUAAAGUCGAGAUAUCAACACUGCAGGGACUCAGAGGGUCAAGGAAUGACAAAGACGCGCUCAUGAUUGAAGUCCGUGUCUGCUGGGACGACCAGGACAGGAUUAUCUUCAAUGGAGUCUUGUGUGGAAUUGAAACUUCAGAACUAAUGAUAAAAUCAGCAAAUGCAACAUCUCUACCUGUUCUUCUGACCUCGGGUAAUGUGGAUACUGUGGAGCGUAGCAAAGAAACGGAAGGAUCUGUCCAGUAA